UGGUGGUUUACCGAAGCGGCAAAAAUGCUGAGCCAUUUGUCUUUGCGCCUAUUGCCCAUUGCAAUGGGUCUCAGUCUGUCGUCAAUGGACAGACAUAUUCCACCGGCCUGGCCACGUCGACUGUCAAUCAAAAUUAUGAAUAACGCUGGGUCGGUUGCCUCCAAUUGGCCGCCUUCGCCAUCCACAUGGCCCAUCCACAUCCAUCCCCUAACCAAAGUGACGAGGUGCCAGCCCCAUGGAGCACUUGCCAGUUGUCAUUCGGUUCUCAUUGCAAGCGCAUCGGCCUCGUGAACUCGGUUUCGGUUUAGGUUUUGGAUUUGGACUACUACUAUUGCAUCAUUCACAGUUUGGAUUACCCUCGGAGAUCCCUGACUUACACUUGGAAUACCCGAAAGCAAUGGCAGCCGGCGUUUUCAAGAGCUUUAUGCGAGACUUCUUUGCGGUGAAAUACGAUGAAAAGCUAAAUGAUCCCCAAUCGGAGCGUCUGGAUGGCAAUGGACGGCACUAUCCCAAUUGCUCCUCGGAUGUGUGGUUGCGAUCCUGCGAGCGGGAGAUAGUGGAUCCCAUCGAGGGUCAUCACAGUGGACACAUCCCGCGUUGGAUUAGCGGCAGUCUGCUGCGCAAUGGACCCGGCAGUUGGAAGGUGGGCGACAUGACCUUUGGCCAUCUCUUCGACUGCUCGGCUCUGCUGCAUCGAUUUGCCAUUAAGAACGGACGGGUCACCUACCAGAAUCGAUUCGUGGACACGGAAACGCUGAGAAAGAAUCGUUCUGCCCAACGGAUUGUGGUCACCGAGUUUGGAACGGCAGCUGUCCCGGAUCCUUGUCACUCGAUCUUCGAUAGGUUCGCGGCCAUUUUUCGACCGGACAGUGGAACGGACAACUCGAUGAUAUCAAUCUACCCCUUUGGGGAUCAGUAUUACACAUUUACCGAGACUCCCUUUAUGCAUCGAAUAAAUCCCUGUACCCUGGCCACCGAGGCGCGAAUCUGCACGACGGACUUUGUGGGCGUGGUGAACCACACCUCGCAUCCGCACAUCAUGCCCAGCGGCACCGUCUACAAUUUGGGCACCACAAUGACAAGAUCUGGACCAGCCUACACCAUCCUCUGUUUUCCGCAUGGCCAGCAAAUGUUCGAGGAUGCUCAUGUGGUGGCCACUCUGCCCUGUCGAUGGAAGCUCCAUCCCGGUUAUAUGCACACCUUCGGCCUGACGGAUCACUACUUUGUGAUUGUUGAACAGCCGCUGUCCGUCUCCCUGCCGGAGUACAUAAAAGCCCAGCUAAAUGGGCAGAAUCUGUCGGCAUGCCUCAAGUGGUUUGAGGAUCGUCCGACGCUCUUUCACCUUAUCGACAGGGUUUCCGGAAAGCUGGUGCAGACCUACGAAUCGGAGGCCUUCUUCUACCUGCACAUCAUCAACUGCUUCGAACAGGAUGGCCACGUGGUGGUGGAUAUUUGCAGCUACAGGAAUCCCGAGAUGAUCAACUGCAUGUACCUGGAGGCCAUUUCGAAUAUGCAAACGAAUCCCAAUUAUGCCACUCUUUUUCGUGGACGUCCCUUGAGGUUUGUCCUGCCCUUGGGUACAAUUCCCCAGAGUCAGGGUUCCUCAGGAAAGCGAAGACUGGUCAAGUCCUUCUCCCUGGCUGGUUUGAGUUCUCCGCCGGUUAACCGAACCAUGAAGCACUCGGUUUCACAGUACGCGGACAUUACCUACAUGCCCACCAAUGGCAAACAGGAUAACGCCGGCGAGGAGAGUCCCAGGAGGGAUGCCAAACGGGGUCGCUAUGACGAGGAGAACCUGAUUAAUCUGGUGACCUUGGAGGGCAGCCAGGCGGAGGCCUUUCAGGCUACUGGCGUAAUCCGCCUGCGUCCCGAAAUGCUCUGCGAUUGGGGCUGCGAGACGCCCAGGAUCUAUUACGAACGGUAUAUGGGCAAGAAGUAUCGAUACUUUUACGCCAUCAGCUCCGAUGUGGACGCAGAGAACCCGGGAACCCUCAUCAAAGUGGAUGUGUGGAACAAGACCUGCCUGACCUGGUGCGAGGAGAAUGUGUAUCCCAGUGAGCCCAUCUUUGUGCCCUCACCAGAUCCCCAAUCCGAGGACGAUGGUGUCAUUCUGGCCUCCAUGGUGGUGGGCGGUGGUCUCAACGAUCGCUAUGUGGGCCUGAUUGUGCUGUGUGCCAAGACCAUGACCGAACUGGGUCGUUGUGAUUUCCAUACCAACGGACCCGUGCCCAAGUGCCUCCAUGGAUGGUUUGCCCCCAAUGCCAUUUAGAUUCCUAGAUUACUGUUGUUUUUCAGGGGGUAGACCCCCUGCCAGUAUUACAUGUAGAACUAGACUAGUUACGUUUGUAUCAACUUAAAACUUUGGAUUCAAUACAUUCGCAAUAAACUCCUGCCACUUGCGCUGGAACACCCGAUUAA